UCACGAAUGAGCAUGUCCUAGCUGUACGCAUCCAACUGACAUCAUCAACCACAAUCGCCUGGACCCCCUCCUUGAAGAGUACUGACCUACACUCGUGAUUCCACUGCAUUUACGACUCGCGAUACCGAACUAUUGCUCGCGGAGCUCAGAAGUGUUCCGCAUCCCUGCUUCCGCCGAUCUGCGACCUCGCCUAACGCCUCCCGGUUCAAGACUGCCGAGAUGUCGACAUCUUGGGACUACUUGACAAAGUUCAUCCUUGUAGGAGAUUCUUCCGUGGGCAAAUCUUCCAUCCUGAUACGCCUAACAGAGCAGAGGUGGUUGGCCGCGACGGAUCCUACAGUCGGAGUGGAGUUUGGUUCGCACACCUUUGAGAUUAGCGGAGAGCUUGUCCGGGCGAACGUUUGGGACACAGCGGGCUCUGAAGCAUUCAGAAGUAUUACCCAAUCAUACUAUCGAGGAGCAGCUGGGGCGCUUGUGGUCUACAAUGUGACACAUCGAGACUCAUUCUUGCAUGCUGCUGAAUGGUUGCGAGACGUUCGGUCUCUAGCAGAGGACAGCGUGACGAUCAUUCUGGUCGGUAACAUGGUGGAUCUAGCGGAGGAGCAGGGUAGGCAGGUGACCACCGAAGAGGGGGAAGACCUCGCCAAGCGGGAAGGAUUGCUCUUUGUGGAGACGUCAGCCAAGACCGGAAAGAAUGUGGAAGAAGCAUUCAAGAUGGCAGCCACAGAAAUACAUCGCAAAUUCAUCGAGGCGAGGGAUCGAGCAGAUGCGUCGGGGGCUGGUAGCUUGAUGAAGAGAGGAGGACGCUCUGCUGCAGCCGCCGCUGCCGCUGCCGCAGGUCAUGGUGAUGUUCGAGUGUCGGGAUCUGGGCCUCAUGAUGGUGCGGACGGCAAGGGGUGCUGUUCGGUAAUGUGAUGGACGGUAUCGCAAGUCUACCUGGAUGUUCCCACGUCCCUCUCCCGUGCACAAGUCACGUUCUACUUUGUCCCCUUGCCCAUCCUUGUAUCGAGCUAAGCACAUGUACCAUACCCAGGAUUUGAAGCACAUGAAGUUUGCAUC